AUGGUAUUGAUUAAAAUUAAAUGCAUUAAGGACCAUAAUAAGUCCCAUGGAUUCGAAGGAUUCAGACUGUCCUAUCCUAAUGGAUUGAAUGCUGUGGUGAUGCCACCAACAGAGUUUAUAGAGACAAUCAAUCGUAUCAAUAGAGAGUGUUGUUCAAGAAAGUUCCGCUAUCAAUACUUUACUCUAUUAUUCUUUUUAAUAGCAAUACCAUUGAUUGUCAUUGGAUUCUUUCAACUAUUACCAUUCUUAUAUAUAAUUGGAUUCUCAUUGAUCGUUGUACUCAUUAUAUCAUCAGUGGUCACUCAAUCCUACUAUCGAAGAAUGAUCAUCAGGCGACUACAUCAUGUGUUGGCCGAGGUCAAUGCUCCACUUCAACCCCGUGGCAUCCACUUCCAUCUUAGAGACAAUGGA